AUGCAGGCUCGUCGGAAUGGCAUGAUGCGCCGUGUGGCGCGUCGGUACGCGCGUGUGCCUGGUGAGCACGGUGACGCGAAUGCACCUCCCUUCUAUCCCAUCGCCAUCAACCCCGGCUGGUGGGGUCAGCCUUUUGCCAAGGUGAAGGAUGGAAAGAGUCAGUUUCUUUUUUUCUUUUGCGCCAUCUUUCCCGUCGCCUUCUACUGGACUUUCGACGUCACGUUCGGCCAGCGCACGCGCAUCGCUCAGGUUGGCAAACGGGCUAUGGCCUCCAACUUUCUUUUUAGGCAGCUCGACCUGGAUGACCCUGAUCACGCUAUCAAGUACGAGCAACUGCAACAGGAAGUGGCAGAGAACAAGCUGAACGUCCGCUGGGGCGGCACGAACUUCCUAGCUAGCUACCUUUGGCAGCCAGGCGAUCCAGAGCCGGACAUCCGCCGCAAGGAGCCCCCCGCGCAUCACCCUCAUCACUAA